AUGGAUUCCCGGUCUACAACCGCCCCAAACGACACGACCGCAGACCAGAGCCCAGUCUCAGAAAUCCACACUGAGUUCCGGUACAUAGAAGCCUACGAAGAUGUCUGCGACAGUUGCGAACUCUUCAACAUGCAGAAUGCCAUGUCACAGUGCAAAUCAUGUGGAUGGCGAGAAUGUCGUGCGUGCACGAUUGAAACUGGUGGCCGUCGAUCCCAUCAGUUCCAAGGCAGGAGACAUUUCUCCCCUGUCGAUAUAUCGGAGUUGCGGACCCAGGCGGCGAUUGAUCACGAACGCAGAGUGGCCAGACUAGGGGGAUGGAUGUCAAUGAGGGGGUUGUCAAGACAGAGGGGCCAUGCCAGGGGGUGGAGAUACAGUAGAAGGAGGAGAGGAGAACAGAUUGGAGGAUGGGGAAGGAGAAACGGACGAGGCCACCGUGGAAAUCGCCAACGUGGUCAAGAACCAGCGCCUGGAGCUGCGCCUGCUCCUGCUCCGUCCCCGGCAGCUUCUCCUAACACUGGGGAAGCAGACUUGGACGGUGCCCGAGCUCCCGAGACAGCGGAGGGUGCGGAGAUGCUGUAUGCUUUGGGUCUUGAAGACUCUGCUAGUCGCAGAAGUGAAAGUGGGUCCACCACCUCUGAGGAAGAGAGACAAACUAGACAUGCUUCCUGUCUCAUCCUGGCAAAACGUGCUCGCGAACAAUUCGAAACCCAGCAGACAGACAGGGCAACUGAGGAGUGUGUCACAUGA